AUCAACAAAAAAAAAAACCUAAUUUCCUUCCUCUCAAAUCUCUUAAAUCAUCUUUCUGCAAUCCAAUCCAAACCCCACGCGUAAAUGAUCAGAUUUUAAUAAAUCGGGGAAGGGAUGUCGAUGGAGGAUAACAUUUAUGACAUCAAUCACUUGGAUGCUGAUGUCCUUCUGCCUCCUCGGAAGCGGCUGCUGGCGGGACUUAAGAAACAGGCUUCCAAUGCCAAUAGUGCUUCAGAUCAGCCCACCGUUGCUUCUUCCUCGUCAUCGCCCCCAGCUUCACACUCACCUUCACCUUCUACUUCGUCAAGCGAUAUUAAUGCUCAUCUUAAAAAUCUAUUGAUGAGUUCCCAUUUGUACAACCCAAAUCUUUCUCCCGAGGAGAUUUUGGAGGCCUCGAGAGCGGCAGCUAUCUCAGCUGCUAAAACUGCAGAGGCUGCCAGAGCUGCUGCAGAGGAGAAGGCUGCAAUCGCUGCCAAAGCUGUUGCAGCAGCUAAGAGUGCAUUGGACAUUGCAGCAAAAUUUUCUGAAGAAACAGUUAACAAGGAAAGACACCUAAAAAAGAAUAAGCUCAAGAAACAUGUCCCUGUCCAACUCUUGUAUAAAAAAAAUGAACCAAUUGGGAGUCCUAGGACAGAUGAAGAAUUAGCCCGGAAAUUGCACCGAGAUAUCAACAGUUCCCCGAGAAUCUCAAAAAAUUCUUCAACUGAAUGGAGAGGUCAUAAACAUAAGAGGCCUAAGGUCAUGCAAACUCAUGGAGGACUCCAUGUAGGUACUAUAGCAGGCAAAAUUGUUUCCGAGGACUCCAUGGAGGAAUCCGUUAAAGCAAAGGCAAAGGGUUCUAACCAUGAAAAAUCUGUGCAAUCAGAGCUUGAUAAUGGUGAAGCAAAAUCAAGCCAUUCGAAGGGAAAAGCCUUUGAGGAUGUUACCCCUGGUAAGAAGAGGGGAAGAAUGAAGCUAAAGAGGCUGCCCUUGAGCAUUUGUUCCUUUAGGGAUCAAGUGAAUCCAAAGGAAGAGAUGAUUAGUAAGAGCUCUCCAUUGACCGAAAAGAACAUGGAUAAUUCAACUGCUGCUGUUAAGAACUUUUUUACUUUGGAUCCCUCUGGUGGUGGUGUUAUUUCAAUUGAAGGUGCAUCUAUGCGGAAAUGCCAGGACUUCAAGGCCCCUGUAUGUAUCAAACAAACAAAGUCAUGCAAUCAUAGUGUUCAAACCCUGUUCUUGUAACAGGUGGCUUCAUUGAUUGAAGUUAGUAGCUGAGGUAGGAUUCGAAAUUCGCUUUUUAUAGGAAAUUAGGAACGACUUUACCCAUUUAUCCCUGUGCUUGUUACUGUUUUUGUAAGGAAGUUGAAUUGACAGAAUGUAUAUUUGAAUGUUCAA